AUGGCUAGUGAUGAGAGUUUUGUAGCUCUUGUGCACUAUAGAGGGUCCAUUGAGAAGAAAGUGCGAUCAAGAAUUAAGUUCACUGACAAGAACCCACUGAGUAUUUUUCUCAAACCUUCGACAAGUUUCGCUGAGUUUAAGAGUACUAUACUCCAGAGACUAGGACUGCAUGGCGUGAAACGGGUGGAGAAGUUGUUCUAUCGAAUUCCAAUUUUUGUGUUACGCGAUGAUGUGAAGUAUGAUUCAUUCAUUAUUAGCAGUGACGAAGAUAUGCAGGUGCUAUUUCAUUGUCACCGUCAGUUUCCUGAGGUGAGGACUUCGGAGUUGUUGGCGAAACUUGUGGAUGUGGCAUCUAGUUCUGGAGGCUCGAACAGGAAUACGCACUCCACAGGACAUGUAGCCAGCUCUAGUGCAUUGCCUGUUGGAUUAUCGUCAGUAGUGCCGGUGAUUGCACCCGAGCCAGACUUAGUGGCUUCACCAUCGUUUGCCGUCAAUCUGAAUCGAAGUUGUGACACAUUAGUUGGCGAGGCUGGACUGUUGGGAGACGGUGAUUUCGCGGCGCACAGUUCUCCUCCGUGUGUUCCGGUAUUUGGAGAGGUUGGAGCACUCGAAGGGGUUGAGGAUGCAUUGCAGGAUGAUGAUGAUGAUGAUGAUGUAGAGCCCACAAUGAUUGCUGCGGAUGAUAGCGAGGAGGAGACACCACGGACGACUCCACCUGUCGAUGGGGGAGCAUCUAGUUUAGGUACUAAUCAGUAUCCCCUCCCCCACUUCUCUGCUCUGGACUUGGAUGCCAUGGCACCUCAGAAAGCUCCCUCUGUAUCUGUUGGCUUCGGGGCAAGAGACUCGCAAAAUACAGGAGGUGUAUAUGAGUUUCAGGUCGGCCAACAGUUUCAGGAUAAGGAGGAAGUCAUGCUUAGCGUGAAGACCUAUAGUAUUCGUCGCAGGGUUGAGUACAAGGUAUUGGAGUCGGAUCACCGCAAGUACUAUGGCAAGUGCAAGGAGUUCGGGAGCGGGCACGUAUGGCUAAUCCGGGUUAGCCUCCGCCAGCGCAAGGAAUUUGGGAGGUAA